CAGGGGAACUGUACUCUGGCAAGAUGCUCUCUGUCUGGUGUGGCUGGGAGCCAGGGACUGGCUUACACCAACAGCAGGAAGCUUGUAGUAAAUAGCUCCAGUGUCUUCACUGUCCGUUACUUCAGAACCACUGCAGUACAUAGGGAUGACGUGGUUACGGUGAACACACCAGCCUUUGCAGAGUCAGUCACAGAAGGAGAUGUCAGGUGGGAGAAAGCUGUUGGAGACACGGUGGCGGAAGAUGAAGUGGUGUGUGAGAUUGAAACAGACAAGACAUCAGUGCAAGUUCCAGCCCCAGCAGCUGGUGUUAUUGAAGCCCUUCUGGUACCCGAUGGUGGCAAAGUGGAAGGGGGGACACCUCUGUUCAAACUCAGGAAAACUGGAGCUGCUCCUGCCAAGGCCAAACCAGCAGCAGCCCCUCCUCCUCCUGCAGCCCCUGAACCUGUAGCUGCGGCUGGUCCUCCUCCUGCUGCAGCACCAAUUCCCACUACAAUGCCACCAGUGCCGCCUGUGUCAGCUCAGCCCAUUGACAGCAAACCAGUGUCUGCAGUGAAGCCGGCUGCAGCCGCAGCAGCAGCCCCUCCUGGGGAGGCAGUGCCCAGCAAAGGUGCCAGAUCAGAGCAUAGGGUGAAAAUGAAUAGGAUGCGUCAGCGUAUUGCUCAGCGGCUGAAAGAAGCUCAGAAUACUUGUGCCAUGCUGACCACUUUCAAUGAGAUUGAUAUGAGCAACAUCCGGGAGAUGAGAGCCGUACACAAGGAUCCCUUCCUGAAAAAGCACAACCUGAAGCUAGGUUUCAUGUCAGCUUUUGUGAAAGCUGCGGCUUUUGCUCUGCAGGACCAGCCCGUUGUGAAUGCAGUGAUUGAUGACACGACCAAAGAGAUUGUGUACAGGGACUAUGUGGACAUCAGUGUCGCUGUAGCAACUCCUCGGGGUCUUGUGGUCCCCGUCAUUAGGAAUGUAGAAAAUAUGAAUUUUGCUGACAUAGAGCGUGCUAUCUAUGAGUUGGGGGAGAAGGCACGGAAGAAUGAACUGGCCAUUGAAGACAUGGAUGGUGGCACUUUCACGAUCAGCAACGGAGGGGUUUUUGGGUCACUCUUUGGGACACCUAUCAUCAACCCACCACAGUCUGCCAUCUUAGGCAUGCAUGCCAUCUUCGACAGGCCUGUGGCUGUGGGAGGCAAAAUCGAGGUGCGGCCCAUGAUGUACGUAGCGUUGACAUACGAUCACCGACUGAUUGACGGCAGAGAGGCAGUGACUUUCCUGCGCAAGAUCAAGGCAGCGGUGGAGGAUCCCCGCGUGCUGCUGCUCGACCUGUAGAGCAGCCACACCCCCACACAACCCACCCAGGGCAGGGCCGCAGCACCAGCAGGAGCGACACAGGGCAUUCAGGAACUGGCAGGGGUCAUUCCAGUCUCCCUCCCUCUGCUGUGAUCAGAGCUUUCCCGGAGGGAAUUGUGGGGAUAGCUCCUACCUCCUUUCCUGUUCUGUUUAACGAAGGUUCACUUUCUCACAAGGAUUGCUAUGCAGUGGGCCAACCACUGAAUGGCACUGCCUUUCCAGAGCCGUCUAUAUGGCAUCCUCUCACUCACAGCACCAAACUCUCACCUCUAGUUUGUCCUGUACCACUGGAAACUGCUUGCUGCUCCUGUGCUAGGGUACCCUUCCCUGCUGCUCCACAGCAGGUUCAGCUUUAUUUCCUAGCACUGAGGUUCUUGGGAGGGAGAGGAGAGGAAAGGCUACUGUUGUGUCCCUGUUUUGCUUGAAAAUAUUUCAUGCUCGUCUGCCUUGCAAGGGCAGUCUGGGGACCCCCAGGCUGCUUGCAGCAUAGGUUUUGAUCAGAGCAGGGCUUGAGGUAGGCUUCAUGCCUCUGGCAGUGCCCUAGUUACACUCCCUCCACGGCCAGGAACGCAGCAGCAGCAGCUCCCCUGCUUUCCCUUGGAGAUCCUUUGUCUCUCUCCAGCCUGGUCACUGUGGUGUGAAUGUUCGUGUCCAGGUGGGCAGAGCCUGUGACCUCUGUGGAGGUAGCACUGUUCCUGGGGGUACAACCCUUUCACCAUUACAUGCCCAACACAGGGGGGUAAGAACCAGCCCCCAGCAGCUGUCCUGGAAUCACAGCUCACGGACGGUGGAUCCGACUGCUGGCUUCCUGCGUGCGAGGCCUUGGCGUGCUACCAGCAGAGACAGCUGGGGAGGGCCAGCUCUUUAAGUGUAAUGUAUAUCCCAGCCCAAGGCUGCUGGUUUUGGGGGGAGGGGGGCAGUCCUUAAUCUGAUAGCGCACACAUAUAUUGGGGAGUGAGGGGGUUGCUAGUGCCUGCAGAGUCUAUUACUCUUACCCUCUACACAGAACUUGUAACUAAAAUAUUUAACACAGCGGAUUUUAAAUGAAAUAAAACUGGGCAAUGACUGC